GCCCGCCUCGCCGCCCCACCCCCCCGGCGCCGUGGAACCCGACCCCGCCUUCCCCGCCCCGUUGCCAUGGUCACCGUCUCUCCGCGGGGCCAACCCUUCGUCGCUCCUGCCGCCGUCGGGCCGCGAAGCGCCGUGUGUUGAGGAAAAGUCCGCAGACGCGAAAGUGCAGAGAACUUGCACCUGAAACACAAACCGUGUCCGUUUAUUUUCGGAGUGGUGUAGGAGCAGAACACGUAUGUACGUAUCUCUAGGAUAGAGGAAAAGGAAACGCGGCCGAUAUCUGUAGUUUUGAUACUUCUUUGUCACAGAGGUGUUACGACCAAAUUAGACAGCGAUGUAUUUUGAGAAAGUGUAUCUGGUGUGUUCUUUCUGAUGCUGAUACCUGCCUGCCACUGUACUCCGUCGGUAUGUAAUAAUGAGCCCUGGGCGGCCCAGUGAAAUGAAAUGUAAGGUUUGCCUCGUUGGUCGAUGCAGCGCUCCCGGGUUGUGUGGAAUAAUGUUCUUCCCUUUUCAUUGCCGUUUUGAUUCUGUUUCUUGUCCCUCAAAUAGGUUUUAAAUAUGUUGUUGAAACUUUUUCCCUUUCAAUCAGAAAAAAAGGAGAUGUCACUGGUAUCUGCAGUUUGAAGACUGGAUCUUAUCUGAAAGUCACUGAGCCCAGGCGCUGCCACCUUAGUCUUCCCAUAGGACAAGGAUGCCUUCGUUUCUCAAUAUGAACAAUGACCAUAGUUAACGAGCCAAAAUCUUCCAAGUCCAAAAAAUCCUCAUCGAGACGAUCUGGUAAAUCCAAGAAACCCAGAACUAAAACUAUGAAGUCACGCACUGCAAACUGCAGCCGGAUACCACCUGCAAAAGAUCGAAACCAGGUCUCUGUGAACGAAGGACGUGGAGGUGCUAUUUAUUGUAGAUCAUCUAAAAAAGCUAGACCUCUUACCGAAGAUUUAGUCAUUAAUGAUGGAAUUGCUCCACCACAAAGGAUUCUUUUUCCACCUGAGAAGAUUUGUAUGGAUUGGCAACAAACACAAAAUGUUGGAGUUGGACUCUACAAUCUUGGCAAUACGUGUUUUAUUAAUUCUGCUCUACAGUGUUUGACCUACACACCCCCACUCGCCAACUACAUGCUUUCCCUUGAGCAUACCCAGUCGUGUAAUUAUCAAGGCUUCUGCAUGAUGUGCACUAUGGAAACUCACGUUAACCGAGUCUUGUGUUAUGCUCAUGAUGCCAUCAGGCCUGUAGUUUUUGUCCAUGAACUUAAACGAAUAGGAAAACAUUUCCGCCAUGGUGCUCAGGAAGAUGCACACGAGUUCUUACGCUUCACUGUUGAUGCUAUGCAGGAAGUGUGUUUGCAUGGAUGCACCAUAUUAGACAGAUCUUCUCAAGCAACCACCAUCAUUCAUCAAAUAUUUGGAGGAUUUCUAAGAUCCAGAGUAAAGUGCUUGAACUGCAAAGCAGUGUCGGAUACAUAUGAGCCAUUCCUUGAUAUACCUCUGGAUAUAAAGACAGAUUCAUCUGUUAUCAAAGCUCUGGAACAAUUUGUGAAACCUGAACAGCUGGAUGGUGAAAAUUGCUACAAAUGUAACAAAUGCAUGAAGAUGGCGCCAGCCUCAAAGAGGUUUACAAUACAUCGUUCUCCAAAUGUACUUACAGUAUCACUGAAAAGAUUUGCAGAUUUCACGGGUGCGAAGAUCACCAAGGCAAUUGAAUAUCCUGAGUACUUUGAUCUUCGAGCUUAUAUGUCUCAAUCAGCUGGAGAGCCACUCAUUUAUGCUUUAUAUGCUGUCUUGGUUCACAAUGGUUCCGAUUCUCAUUCAGGACACUACUACUGCUUCAUAAAGGCUGCUGAUGGACUUUGGUAUCAGAUGAAUGAUGCUUCGGUAGUGCGAAGUAACAUCAAAACAGUCCUAAGUCAGCAAGCUUAUUUACUAUUUUAUAUCAGGCGCUACGAUCUGACACUUGGAGAAAGUGAAUUUUACUUACCAGAGCCUCAUCCCUAUUCACUCCGUGAUGAGAGUGAGACUAAUAGUAAGCAGGCUGGCUUUAUGGGACCACGACUUCCUCCUAAUAUGAUUAAGAAUUCAAGUCGUUUAAAUGGAAAUGUAUUUUUACAAGAAGGUACCAAUUCCGUAGAUGUCACCUUAAAAAGGCCAGCUUCAGCUCCACCCAUAGCCUGUGUUCAAAACUUGUCAAUGAUCAGGCCUUCAAUUACCGACCCAUCAAGAAGCCAGAAGAUGUCUGUCGGUAUUCAGAACCAAUUGCCUGCACGUCAGACAGCGUCACAGCCUGACUGUCUUCGUGCUCUGGAGGAGGAGGAGAUGAUGAUGUCUGUUCCUUCAUCCACAAUUACACAUUAUUGUGCAGCAGAGUCUACCUCAAAUGCAUCUACAAUGUUAGCUGCUAAUAUUUUCGAACAACAAAUUUUGGAUGACAUUUUAAUUGAGCCAGUGAUGAAUGGAAUUCCUAACGUAGUCUCUUAUGGUACAGAAUUUUCAGGAAAAUCUGAGGAGGAGUCAGGAGGCUUAUUUACAAGGAAUUGCAACGUAGUAACUUCUAAUGGAAUUUUGGUUGGAAAGGUCUGUACAUUGCAGGAUUCCUAUUCUUCCUGUCAGAAUGCUGAAGAGGAAAGAUCCCAGCAUGAGCUGCCAAAAAAUGAUUCACUAAAUGGUGCUAAUAGUUUAGAUAAUGAACCUAAAGAAAAUGGACUGAAACUUGAUGAGUCCAGUUGCCAAGUCCCGUCUGUUAAACCUUCCAAAAUGUUAUUUUCUAAAACCAAUGGAGUGCUUGAAACAAUGCCUAUAGCUUUGUCUCCAGUCUCUCAAGAAAUAAUCCUAGAUUCCUUUACAUUCAGCCAGUUGAACAGCUUGUCAGAGGAAAUAAGUGUCCCUGGACCUCAGAAAUCUUCUGAGAACAAUUAUCUUAUGGAAACAGUAAUGAUGGAAGCGCUGUUUGUCUAUGAAUCCCGGAAACUUUCUUCUAACUUGAGCUAUGAGGCUGGGAAUCUUUUUAUUCAAUCGAGUUCUGAAACUAUUUCUGCCAAAGAAGUUACCGAAAGUAUUAUAACAAAAGCUGAUAAUGCACAACCCAAUGUCAAUGGUCAGCACAAGGUUAGAAAAAGAUCCUUGGACACUGAAGAUGAAUUCCUUGUAAAUUUUGAGUCUGAAGACAGUGGUGACAAAGACAAACCUAGAAGAUCAAAAGAACUUGAUCUCAUUUCAAAAGAAAAUCCUUUGUAUAUCAAAGGGUCUCCUGACACUGAAGAGGAAUUAGGACAGGCUUCCUCUAUAAAGUCUGAUUUUGAAUGUAAUUCUAAAAAGCCUGUGUGUCUAGAUACUCCAGAUAAAUGCCAAGUUACAAAGGACAUAUCUAAGAACUAUGUAGAUGUACCACCUGUUAAUGACUCUUCUAUUACAAAGCUGGAUAAAGUUUUAGAGAGUCAAUUUUCUAGAGAAAACAAGGGACCAACUAAUAGGAAUUGUGAAGAAAAUAAGCAUAGGAAGAAAGGUAAAAAUGUAUAUGAUUCUAAAAAAACUGACAAAGAGCACUACCGAAGAAAAAGAGAGCACUCUGAUACAGAAGAGAGAGAGAAGCAAAACAAAAAACUGGAUGGUCAUUUCCACAAGAGGAGGUGCUCUCAUAGUGUGGAAACAAAUAAGCAAAGUCGUCACAAGCAGGAAUAUUGCAAUGGAAACAGAUACAGAUCUUCCUAUGCUGAAAGAAACAGCCCUGAUGUCAGCAGAAACUCAGGGAAAUAUUCUCAUUACAGAUCUCGAAGCAGAGGACAUGAACAAGAUAGGAAUAGAUAUUACUAUUCCAAAGAAGAGAGAACUUGGAGCAGAGAAAGAUAUUAUCAAGAUGAAUCCUGGAGAUGGCAAAAAUGCAGACACUACAAUGAUUACUAUUAUUCUCAUGCAAAAGGAGAUAGUCGAGAAAGAAAGUUCUCCCAUUACAAUAAAGAUUUUGCCAAAUCAAGUCAAGCUUACAUCAGGUCACACAAGGAGUAUCAUUACAAAAGCAGACGGCCUCACAACUCACCCUCUAGAGAGGAGGAUGUACGUAACUUUAGCAAUCUCAGACUCAGAGCAGACUCAGGACACUGUUUAGUAGUCCAGCAGCAAUCUGAAAAAUAUUCUCAUGAAAGACAUAUGCUUCCACCUGUUCCACCAACUCAUUUAAAUUUUGAGGACUUUUCUCCCAAAAAUGAAAAACAAAGUGACAGAAAAAGAAAAUAUGCAGAAAGUAGUGAAAGUGAAACAGAAAGGAAAAGCAGAAAAGUAGAAAAAGAAGUUCUGGAUGAUGAAAAGAUGAAGAAAUACAAAGCCAAGAAGAAAAAGAAGUCCAAAGAUAAACAUCGAGAGAAGGAUUACAAACUUUAUGAUUCGGAUUUCUCUGUCCUCCACUUCGACAAUGACAAUCGCAAACGUAAGAAAAAAAAGAAAAAGAAGAAACACACCAGGAAAGUGAAAGGCUUCUUGGAAUAUUUGGAUCUUCGUUUCCAGAAGGAAGCAUGGGAGAAGGAAGAGUCUUGCCCUCCUGGUGACUGUUAUUGUGAGCAAUAUGGAAAUGAGGGCAGUAGACAACCCGACAAGGAACGCAAGCCUUCCUGUGGGGGUGAAAUCAAGAACUAGAUCUCCAUUGCAUCCAGUGAGAAUAUUAAAGAUGCGAAUUACUAAUUGAGGCCUUCAAUACUCAAACUAAAACAACCAUCAAAGCCAACAACUUUUCAACAAAAACAAACACUUCACAUCAUCAGAAUCGACUGCUUUAGACAUCUCAUCGCUACAAUCAGUGAGUUUACCCAUUAAUCAAAACCAGCACCUUUUAGCCAUCAACACAUUAGCAAUCCCAACACUCCCAUAGUGACUUUACCCAUCAGUCAAAACCAACACCUUUUAGCCAUCAACACAUUAGCAAUCCCAACACUCCCAUAGUGACAUUCACUAUCAGUCAAAACCAACACCUUUUAGCCAUCAACACAUUAGCAAUCCCAACACUCCCACAGUGACUUUACCCAUCAGUCAAAACCAACACCUUUUAGCCAUCAACACAUUAGCAAUCCCAACACUCCCAUAGUGACUUUACCCAUCAAUCAAAACCAACACCUUUUAAAUGUCAGCAUUUUAGUGAUCCCAAUGCUCCUAUCCCUGACUGCAACUGUCAGUCAAAACCAACACCUUUUAACCAUCAAUACUUUAGCCCCUGACUGCAACUGUCAGUCAAAACCAACACCUUUUAACCAUCAAUACUUUAGCCAUCCCAGUGCUCCCAUUAGUGACUUUAACUAAUAGUCAAAAACGACAGCUUUUACCCAUAAGUAUUUUAGCCAACCAACCUCCCAUCUGUGACUUUAAAUAUCAGUCAAAACCAACACUUUUCAGCCAGCAAUACUUUAGCCAUCCCAACACUCACAUCAGUAACUUGAACUAUCAGUCAAAAAUAACAAAUUGUAGUCAUCAAUAUUUAGCCAUGACAGUGCUCCAAUCAGUGAUUUUAACCACUUAAUCAGUCAAAACCUACACAUUUUAGCCAGCAAAAGUUUAGCCAUUCCAAUAUUCCCAUCAGUGAGUUUAACUAUCCAUAAAAACCAACACCUUUUAGCCAUCAAUACUUUAGCCAUUCCAACACUCUCAUGAGUGACACUAAAUAUCAGUGAAAACCAAUACCAUUUAGCCACCAAUACUUCAGCCAUCCCAUUGCUGCCAUCUGUGACAUUAAUCAUCUAUUUAAACCAACAACUUUUAGCCAUCAAUACUUCAGACAUUCCACUGCUCCUAUCAAUGACUUAAACCAUUAAUAAAAACCAACAACUUCUAGCCAUCAGUACUUCAACCAUCCCAGGGCUCUCGUUACUGACUUCAACCAUCAGUUAAAACCCAGUGUUCCUAAUCUGUGACUUUAACUAACCAUCAAAACUAACACCUUAUAGCCAUCAAUACUUCAGCCAUACAAGUGCUUCCAUCAGUGACUUUAACCAUAAGACCAACAGCUUCUGGCGUGCAAAAGUUUAGCAGUCGCAUCACUCCCAUCGGUGACUUAACCUAUCAAUCAAAACCAACACCUUUUAGACAUGAAUAAUUUAUUCAACCCAUCAUUCCCAUAUGUGACUUGAACUAUCCAUCAAAAUCAACACCUUUUCGCCAUAACUUGACUUAUCCCAGUGCUCCCAUCAGUGACUUUAACUACCAAUCAAAACCAACACCUUUUAGGCAUCACUACUUCACCAUUCGAAGUCUCCCAACAGUGACUUAUACCAUCAACUCCAGCACAUUGCAGCUGGAAGAACUUCAGCCAUCCUAAUACCACCAUCAGAGAUAUUAAACAUUAAUCAAAAACAAUAAAUUUUAGCCAGCAAUACUUCAGCCAUCUCAAUAUUCCCAUCAAUUACUUUUACCAUCAAAGCCAAAACCACGAAGCCAUUAGAACUUCACCAAUACCAGCCCUCCCAUCUGUGACUAUAACCAUCAGUCACAACCAACAUCUUUCAGCCAUCAGUAUGUCAACUCUGCCAGCUCUCCCAUCAGUGACUAUAACCAUCAGUUCAAACGAAAUCAUUUUAGGCACCAAUACUUGAGCCCUGCCAACCCUCUCAACAGUGACUAUAACCAUCAGUCACAACCAACAUCUUUCAGCCAGCAGUACAUCCGCCCUGCCAGCCCUAACAUCAGUGACUAUAAGCAUCAGUCCAAACUAAAAACGCUCAGCCACCAAUACUUCAGCCAGGCCAGUCUUACUAUUUCUGACUUUAAUCAUCACUCACUACCAACAGCUUUAAGCCAUCAGUACUUUAGCCAGGCAAGACCUCCCAUCAGUGACUAUAAUCAUCAGUCACAACCAACAUCUUUUAGCCACGCCAGCCCUUCCACCAGUGACAUUAUCCAUCAGUCACAAGCAACAUCUUUUAGCCACCAAUACCUCAGCCAAGCCAGCCCAUCCACCAGUGACUAUAACCAUCAGUCACAACCAACAUCUCUCAGCCAUCAGUACUUCAGACCUGCCAGCCCUCCCACCAGUGACUAUCACCAUCAGUCACAAAAAACAUCUCACAGCCAUCAGUACAUCAGCCAUGCCAUCCUACACAUCACUAUGACCAUCAGUCACAACCAACAUCUUUUAGCCACCAGUACUUUAGCCAAGCCAGCCCUCCCACCAGUGACAUUAUCCAUCAGUCACAAGCAACAUCUUUUAGCCACCAAUACCUCAGCCAUGCCAUCCUACACAUCAGUGACUAUAACCAUCAGUCACAACCAACAUCUCUCAGCCAUCAGUACUUCAGCCCUGCCAGCCCUCCCAAGAGUAACUAUAACCAUCAGUCACAAGCAACAUCUUUUAGCACCAAUACUUUAGCCCUGCCUGCCCUCCCCCCAGUGACUUGAACCAUCACUCACAGCCAACAUCUUUUAGCCACCAAUACUUUAGUCAUGCCUGCCCUCCCACCAGUGACUUUAUCCAUCAGUCACAAGCAACAUCUCUCAGCCAUCAGUAUGUCAGACCUGCCAGCCCUCCCACCAGUGACUAUCACCAUCAGUCACAAAAAACAUCUCACAGCCAUCAUUACAUCAGCCAUGCCAUCCUACACAUCAGUGACUAUGACCAUCAGUCACAACCAACAUAUCUCAGCCAUCAGUACUUCAGCCAAGCCAGCCCUUCCACCAGUGACAUUAACCAUCAGUCACAGCCAACAUCUUUUAGCCACCAAUACCUCAGCCAGGCCAGCCCAUCCACCAGUGACUAUAACCAUCAGUCACAACCAACAUGUCUCAUCCACCAGUACCUCAGCCCUGCCAGCCCUUUCACCAGUGACAUUAACCAUCAGUCACAGCCAACAUCUUUUAGCCACCAAUACUUUAGUCAUGCCUGCCCUCCCCCCAGUGACUUUAACCAACAGUCAGAGCCGACAUCUGUCAGCCAGCAGUAUGUCAGCCCUGCCAGCCCUACCAUCGCUGACUAUAACCAUUAGUCACAACCAACAUCUUUUAGCCAUCACUACCCCAGCCCUGCCAGCCCUUCCAGCAGUGACUAUAACCAUCAGUCACAAAAAACAUCUCUCAGCCAUCAGUAUUUCAGGCCUGCCAGCCCUCCCACCAGUGACUAUAACCAUCAGUCACAACCAACAUCUCUCAGCCAUCAGUACUUCAGCCCUACCAGCCCUUUUACCAGUGACUAUCACCAUCACUCACAGCCAACAUCUUUUAGCCACCAGUACAUCAGCCAAGCCAGCCUUUCCACCAGUGACAUUAUCCAUCAGUCACAAGCAACAUCUUUUAGCAACCAAUACCUCAGCCCUGCUAGCCAUUUCACCAGUGACAUUAAGCAUCAGUCACAGCCAACAUCUUUUAACCACCAAUACUUUCGUCAUGCCUGCCCUCCCCCCAGUGACUUUAACCAGCAGUCAGAGCCGACAUCUGUCAGCCAGCAGUAUGUCAGCCCUGCCAGCCCUACCAUCGCUGACUGUAACCAUUAGUCACAACCAACAUCUGUCAGCCAUCAGUACCUCAGCCCUGCCAGCCCUUUCACCAGUGACUUUAUCCAUCAGUCACAAAAAACAUCUUUUAGCCACCAGUACCUCAGCCAAGCCAGCCCUUCCACCAGUGACUAUAACCAUCAGUCACAACCAACAUCUCUCAGACAUCAGUACUGCAGCCCUGCCUGCCCUCCCACCAGUGACCAUCACCAUCAGUCACAAGCAACAUCUUUUAGCCACCAAUACUUUAGUCAUGCCUGCCCUCCACCCAGUGACUUGAACCAGCAGUCAGAGCCGACAUCUGUCAGCCAGCAGUAUGUCAGCCCUGCCAGCCCUACCAUCGCUGACUAUAACCAUCAGUCACAACAAACAUCUCUCAGCCAUCAGUACCUCAGCCCUGCCAGCCCUUCCACCAGUGACUUUACCAUCAGUCACAAAAAACAUCUCUCAGCCAUCAGUAUUUCAGCCCUGCCAGCCCUACCAUCGCUGACUAUAACCAUCAGUCACAGCCAACAUCUUUUAGCCACCAGUACCUCAGCAAAGCCAGCCCUUUCACUAGUGACUUUAUCCAUCAGUCUCAAAAAACAUCUCUCAGCCAUCAGUACUUCAGCCCUGCCAGCCCUUUCAGCAGUGACA